AUGGAACUUUUUUGUGCACUGUGCCGUGAGAAUCCAUGCAUUUAUUGGUGCAAAGCCGAUAAAACAAGGCUUUGUUUAAAAUGCACUGAUAUUCAUGUUAGCAUCGAUUCAUAUCAUGAUGUGACUUAUAUAUUAUGCGACAGGUGCAAGAGUCCUUUGAAAAAGUUCAGAGUCUCAGAAAAUAGAACAAUUCUAUGUCUCAGUUGCCUGAAAGAAAAUUCUUACGAAGAAAAAAAAAUUGAGUGUGAUACAGGCAGGGGAACAUUAAGCAAUGAAAUCAUUGGUUCUUUAUAUAAACCCAAACCCUGGAUUCCAGGAAAUCAUUGUGUCAGUAAUGACCGAAAUAUUAUCCAAGUAUCAUCUGAAAGCAUUGAUGAUAACAAAUAUUUUGACUUGCUCAAGGUGAGCGAGAGUUACGAAGAACAUAACCUCGAAUGCUAUGUCAGUAAUGACCGAAAUAUUAUACAAGGAGUAUUAUUUGAAAGUAUUGCUGAUAACAUCCAAAAUUUUACUAUUAAUAAAUGGCAAAUAAAUAUCAGUUGCUAUGAAAAAUUGGCAAAUGUCUUAAGUUUGCAAAAUGAAGUUAUUGGAGUUUAUGGCUGCGAGGAUAAGUGUUUAGAGCUUCUCAGCAGCUAUUUGAGUGCAAGUAGGCUCAAUAAAGAUAUUUCAACGCUUAAAGAGGGGAUUGUUUUCUUUUACAAUAAAGAUUCGGGAAGGUUGGGCUUAUACUUUAAAUGCAGAGAUCCAAAUAUCUAUAUAAAUAAGCCAUAUCCACAAGAAUCAAAAGAAUUAAUUUUUGUAAGGCUACUUUUUGAUAUUUGCGGGGCUGUCAUAUGCUGCCCGUCUCAGGAAGCAUUGAGAAGCCGAUAUCCUCCAAAAAUAGAAGGAGAGCAGAAUCAUAGUUUAGAGCUUUGCGAAGGAGUGAAUAUCAAGCCUGAAGGAGAAAAUGUCGAGGUUUCCGAUACAGAAGACGCUGUUGUUAGAGUUAUUGAGAAAAUAAAUAAUAGAGACGAAUCAUCUAUUUUCCUAACAAAUUUUCACAUUUUUAGAAUAAAAAAAGUUUUUCAAGACAAAAACACUGAAACGAAAAAAAUUGAUGACUCCCCCAUUGUGAGUGAACAAAAUAAUUGGAAAAGUCCCAAGUUUUUGGGUAAAAAACCCAGCCUCCGUUUUCUGUCAGUUAAAAGAAAUUUUUUCGCUCACGAUGGAGGAGUGAGGCAAUUCAAAAAUUGUUCAAAAUAAUAAGUAAUACAAUAGAAUCCAAUGGGCUCUAUUCCUUUAUAGAAUCGAUAGAUGAUGCAAGCUGCUUUUUGACAUUUAAAAAUACAUGCGAGAGGUCUUUAAAUGAUGCAGAUGGUGUAUGCGCUUCUAUAAAAAAUUUAUAUAGAGAAGUCCUUGAUAUGAUUACAGAAAUAGCUGACAAUAAAUUCAAACAGCUUGCGGAUGAAUUAAAUUCCAAGUUUAAACGCAAAUAUAAAAUAGAAAGGGCUUCUUUAUCAAGGUUUAAUAUGAAGUUAAAAAACCUCAAUCAAGCAUUAAAGAAAUUUGAUUUUAAAAGCCUUAAAUCUAAAUCAAAAGAGCUUAAAAAGUGCAUCAGAGAAUGCUUUGAUCCUAAAAAAGACUCUUCAAAGAUAUCUCUUCAAUUUAUAAACAACUGAAAUAAAGAUCUUGAGUCCUGAUAUCUACAGCUUACAACAAGGUUAACAAAUGAUGUACUUACUAAAUCAAGAAUAAUUAUUCAUAAUUCAAUUGACUCGAAAAAGAAAUAUAUUUAUAGUUUUGAAACUUUAAAAAUAAUCCAGACUGAAACAGAAAUAUGUAUAGAGUCCACAGGUAUUGAAAAUAAGUACAUGGCUGAGGAAGAUUUUAUAAAUAUGGAAAUUAUUUCGUUUUCUGAAGAUAUGGCUUAUCUUUUACUUAGCAACAACUUUCAAACUCAGAUAGUUCAAUUUAACCCUACUCAAAAUUAUGCUUCCGAGAUCAGCAUGGUAUCUGUGAUGGAAAACGAUUUACUUAUUGCCUCAGGUUCUACCCCAAAUAUAUUUGUAGCCUUCCAAAAUAGCAUUAAAAAAGCAUAUUUUGGAGCUAUUCAGCAGAAGAAAUAUAUAACUAAAGGAACUGAACUAAAAGUGUAUAUGCAUGUGAAAGAAGUUGUAUCAGCUUGCAUUUUACCUAAAACGCCUAGAGUAUUUUUACUUAACGAAGUUGGGCGUUUAUUUUACAUGGAACUGCUUAGCUAUGACAAAUUGCUUCAUCCUGUUAAGGUCAUGCAAGCAAACCACAGUGUUGAUUUCAUCAAGUCUCAAUCUGGCGAGCGUUUUCUAGAAAUAAAAUGUUCAGAUGACGAAACUAUAUAUUUAUUAAAGACGAAAAUGGAUAUAGAACUUUAUGAUAUCAAUUUUAAUUUUUUGAAAAGAAUUCGGAUAAACUCGAUAUCUGCUGGCUUUAAGUGCCUUACUAAUAAAAUGUUUAAUACUGUCAUUACUUUUGAUUUAGAGGUAAGAUUUGAGGCGCAUAAAAUUUUAGGCGAAAGAAAGUCCAUUGAGUUAGGUCAGGCGAUUGCAAAGCCCAAAGAUAUCCCUGAAUAUCCAAUUAUUGAUGUUGUCCAUUAUUCAUUAGCGAAGUUUGGGAAAACAGUUAAUUUAGUCAACAAUGAGGAUAGCAGAAAGGAUUUUUUUAUUUACUAUGAUCAAAAUAACUUAGAAGUAGACCAAUAUAUAAGAUCUAUAGCAACUAUAAAAGAGUCAUUAAGUUAUCAAGGGGUGAUUUAUCCUGGGAAUUAUCAAAAACUUGAAGGCAUCAGUAACAGGCUGCAAAUCUCAAAAACGGAUUUAAGUUGAAUUAUAUUAACAAGGCAGCCUCUGCACUUGGCGUCUAUUCAAGAAGGAAAUUUAAUGCCUCUACAAAAUGGAUUAAAUAAUACUGAAAAUUUAAUUGAAGAGCUGGAUAGCGGGAACAGUUUUAUUGGGACUUUCGUAAAUUACAUAAAAUUGGGGCAUUUAGAAAAUCUGAUCUCUUCAGCUAGUAAUCUGAGAGUUAUAACAAUUAUAGGAAAGCAAAACUCUGGAAAAAGCUACCUGAUUAAUAUAGGGGUUUCCCUUAGAUAGCCCUGCAAGGGCUUUUGAUUAUGGGCGGAAUAGCCAACAAGUGAGUUAGUUCGACCAACUGAAAGAUUUCGCCCCAGAAUCCACAGCCCUUACAGGGCUAUCUAGGGGAAAACCCUAUAGAAUUUUUGGGACAAGAUUUGAUGUAGCCGCGCACCGUUGCACUGACGGCAUAUGGCUAUCUUUAGCCACUCUCGGUGGGAACUUAUUUCUCAUUAUUGAUUCUGAAGGCUUUUUUUCAGCAGAAAGGACAGUUCAAGAAGAAAUUAAGCUUUUCUUAUUUUUAUCAGCCAUUGCUGAUGUUACUAUUUUGAAUCAAGAUUUGGAAUUUGAUAAAAAUCUCGAAUGCCUUUUUGAUAAAUUGUCCCUUGGGAUAGAUAGGCUCAGAGGGUCUAGUCUCUUUAAAGGCAGACUCGAAGUAGCUCUUAGAGAUGCAGGAGAAAAUCAGGAUAAAGAAAUCCUAAUAGAGGGGCUUCAAAGUUAUAUAGGUCACUUGAUAAGCUUAGGUGAAGCUGAUAUUUUAUUUAAAUUAUUCAGCUGAGGGUUUACCUUCUCUUGCUACCAUAAUUAUGAAAACAAAAAAUUUGAUUCUGUAGUUGAGGAUAGUAAACUAGAAUACAUACAAAAUGUACCUAUUCUCUGAAAGUCUGGAAAAGAUUUGCUAAUGACUAUGAAGAUAGUUCUUGCACAAAUUUAUGCAGAUGACUGUGCCAGUGUUGAUGAAAGAGCAUCUCAGAUCUCAAUUGAAGCUUUGAAAAACCAUUUUAAAGAAAUAAUCAAUGAUCCAGCUAAUUCAAACCACGUCUUAAAAUCAGAAGUUCUGCUAGAUUGUAGAUUAGUAUUUUUAGGCAGGGAGAUAGAAAUUUGCAUCCGAAUAAACUCAAUUACCCUUAAUACUAAAGAGCCUUUAAAACCAUUCAUAAAAAUUCUUAAGAAGAUAACUUCCAAGGAAGAGAGAAAGUUUUACCAUAAUGACUGGUAUUCGUGCAUUGACGUACUUAUUAAAAGCUAUUUCGAUGUCUGAAGAAAAGAAAUGUUAAAUUAUAUUUAUGAAAGUCUGCCUCAGUCAACAGAAUUAAUGCAAUCCACUAAUAGCGAAAUUGUUGCAAUAAAAAGAGAUAUCGACAAAAUAGUAAGUCAGCAUUAUAAAUGCAGGAGAAAAUGCAGUCAAUGUGAAAGAUUCUGUAUAAAGAAUUUAAAUCAUAAAAGUCAAUGUGACUGCUCAACUGACCAUAAAUGCCCAUUUGAUUGUAAAGUAUGGGAAAUUUCAAAACUUUGUGCAUACGAUGCUGGCCAUAACGGAGAUCAUAAAUGCAAAGAGAAAAAAAAUCCAUGCAUGCAUAAAUGCAGAUUGUUUGAGAUUUGUAAAGAAAAAUGUAUAGAAAGCCGUAAUCAUCUUGGAGAGCACAAAUGCGGGAAAUUAAAGCACCCAUGCGGGAAAAAUUGCGAGAUGUAUGCUUAUUGUGGGAGAAAAUGUGAGAUAGAUUGCUUAAAACCUCAUAAGCUCACAAUUGUGGACAGGAAAACUGCCCAAUUCGGUGUGAAUUUCCAGAGUGUGGAAUGACUUGUGCAAGUAAAAACCAUUUUCAUUCACUUACCGAAAAUUCUAGAAAAAUACCAUCAAAGAAUAUCUUUUGUGGUAAAAAUUAAUCUUAGCAAACUUAAUAAAAUAUAUUUUAUUUUUUAUUAA